AUCGUCGGGGGCUUCGAUCGGGAGACUCAGGAGCGGGACCGGCUGGGAGUUCGAUCGAGAGGGCUGGCUGGGGAGAUCCGAUCGGGAGGGCCGGCUGGAGAUCUUCGAUCGGGAGACUCAGGAGAUCGAGGACGGGGGCUUCGAUCAAGAGGGGAUGAGACAGGCGGCUGGGAAUCGGUAGCACGAGUUGCAACGUGCUGACAAAAUUAACCUAGCUCUGAUACCAUGUUAGGAAUAUGCAACUUGUAUUCCCAUGAGGCCAUAGGCCGAUAUAUAUAUACAUGUACAGGUGUGGAACAUAUGCAGAAAACCCCUUAUACAACGGGAUAAAUACAAAGGGAUACAUGACUUAUAUUAUAACUCUAACACAAGUCAACUCUGCCUGCCAGACGUAGAGAUCUAAGCCGAAAAAUUGGACGAUAUUCAGUGCCUUGGAAAUACAUAUAAAAAAUCUCCAACUUGGAGAAACAGAAAACAAGAUCUUAGUUGAUGCGAUGCAUGGAUAUGCUGGCAAUGGCAUCAAAGAAUCUUGAAAGGGUGUCACAAAACAGGACACUAUAUCAUGGCAUGCAAUCCAUCGCUUUCGGCCAGCCACGCGGCUUUGAAGCCACAACUGCUCACAAAGGGAAAAUUCAAUAAUGCGUUGCCCUCCACAAUCCAGACGGUAAGAAAUUACCACUGCAGUCUUGUUUCAAUUAUUUCAUGAGUCCUCUAGUCCAUUGAAUGUGAAUAUUGUUUCUCUUGACAUGAUGAUUUUUUUUGUAUACCUCUGAAGAUGACAAUCAUAUAUUUACAUUCGUACAGGGACAGAACUUUUUUUCUGAUCAACAAGAGAUGGAGGAGACAACAAAUACAAGAAUCUAUACAUAAUGGACGCAGAAGCCGGGGAGAACGCUGGUGAAGCGGAACAGAUAACAGAUGGCGAUUGGACUGGCACACACACACUGCCAAUGAUCUCGGAACAGAGACUGGAUCGUGUGUUCUCAUCAAACCAUGACAGGCCUGCAGAUGCGCCGGAGCGCGACCAUGGCCUAGACCCCGGGCACGUGAACCAUCCAGUCUUCAGUCCAGAUGGGCAGAGCAUCGCGGUGACAUCGGACCUUGCUGCGGUGUCCACUAACCCAAUGUCGCCUCCAAUCUUCUUGCACUCGGUGAGGCCCUAUUGUGACAUCUUCACCGUUGAUAUCGACCCUGACGACAUGGAGGAGAACCAGGAUGUGGAGAAGUUUGCCCGUGUCAUGCAUAACAGAUACGAGAACUCUACUCCUGCCUGGUCCGUGUUCUCGACUCAUGACCCGCAUGCACAGUGGAACCUCCUUGUCAUGGAGGAAAGUUACACCCCGUCGUGCCCGUAUGCAAAUUGACGGAGGUGAAAGUUGGCACAUGACAGGCCAGAUAGCGUCCUGAAAAAGUUCUGUUUCUUGCUCGUUUGGGAUUCAUUGUUUGAGAUGUAUCUGGAAUUUCUGUUUGGAUUGCUGUUGAACAUUUGCAUUUUACACAUUUCAUCUUGAUGUAAUGAGACUUCAGAGUUUUAUACGAGGAUUCUGAAUUGAGUACUCAGACAAGUUUCAGAGAAGUGUUCGUUUUCAUCACA